AUGAAACUUAAAGUCCGAGUAAAAGACAAAAGUCAUAAUAUUACUGACUUGGACGAAAAUUCUAAAAUAUUAGAUUUAAAAAAAACAAUACAAACAUUUACUGGCGUUCCUCCUUCGCUUCAAGAACUUAAAGUAGGGUAUCCACCUCGCGUUUGUAACGCGGGUGACCACGAAACUUUAACUUCUGCUGGAAUACAGAAUGGAGAAGUUAUUAUUUUCACAGAGUUAUCAGAAGUAGUUAAGCCUUCUAAAAUUAAUCCUCCUACUACUAAUCCUCCUACUACUAAUCCCCCUACCAUUAAUCCCCCUAAAAUUAAUCCCCCUACAAUUAAUCCCCCUACUACUAACAAACCUAAAAAAUCAGAUAAUUAUAAUUUACCAAAAAAUGAAAUCAUAUCUGUUCCCGUAAAUGAUGGAUUCGUUAUCCUGAGAGAAAUGGAAGAUGAUAAUUCUUGUUUAUUUCGUGCAAUUGAAAGGUCAAAGAAUGAAGUUCAACGUCUCCGACAAAUUAUUAUUGACACCAUAAAAAAUGAUCCGACUACAUAUUCGGAUGUCUUUUUGGGAAGGCCACGUAAUGAAUAUUGUUCUUGGAUUGCACAAAAAAAUAGUUGGGGUGGUGCCAUUGUGUGGAUGUUAAAACCGGAAGAAUCGAUCGAUUUGGCCAAGGAAAAUACGAUCAACGCGUAUAUGUUAUAUACGGAUUAUGAUUCUAUUGCUUAUGCACCACUUCUUGAUGCUAGUCCAGAAUUUGAUCAAACAAUUUUUAGUCCAUCGGAUGAAACUUUUUUAACGGCUGUCCUUGAGAUUGCGAAUAAAAUGAGACAGUUGCAUAAAUACACUUAUACAACUGACUUUACGAUACGUUGUGAUCAAUGUAAAAAAGGUUUAAGGGGUGAAAAAGAAGCAGCAUAUUUUUACUUCUGA